GUCUCUCGUCCACUGGCUCCGUUUUUUCUCCGUGUGCGGUUCCUAUCUCUCCUCUCUGUCCUCUCGCUUUUAUACAUCUCUCCAUUAUCAUUUCCUCUUCACACUAUCACAGCCACACAGACACCCAGAAAGAGAUUGGACUGGAAAAUCUUCAAAAACCCUGAAAGAUUGUGAAUUAAAAAGAUGAAAGGUGGGGUUAUUGUUGAAGAUGGAUUCAUAUACGAAGAAGAAACCCAUCUCACCGUUUUCAAAACCUCUGUUUUCUUCUCCGGCGAUGGCUUCACUGUCUACGAUUGCAAAGGAGAACUCGUCUUCCGAGUCGACUCGUACGGGCCCGACACUCGCGACACGGGCGAAGUUGUCCUCAUGGAUGCUUCUGGCAGGUGCCUCCUCACUGUCCGCCGAAAGAGGCCGAGUCUGCACCAACGGUGGGAAGGUUUCGUGGGAGAGAGAACGGACGGUCAGAAACCGAUCUUCAGCGUGAAGAGGUCGUCGAUAAUCGGACGGUCGAGUUUGACGGUGGAGGUGUACACUAAUCCGGGUGAGGAGUACCAGAUUGAAGGGUCGUUCGCGCAGAGAAGUUGCACGAUCUUCGAUGCAGAGAAGCAAUCGGUGGCUGAGAUUAAACGGAAAGUGGAUGCUUCGGCAAAAGUGGUGCUUGGGAAAGACGUCUUCUCUCUCUUCGUCAAGCCUGGCUUUGAUGGUUGCUUUGCCAUGGGAUUAGUUCUUGUUCUUGAUCAGAUCAACGGUGACGAUUUUGAUGAGGCUGGUGGGGUUGAGGUGGUGGAUCCACUGCUUGUGAAUUCAAAUCUGUCUUCUUAGAUUUUGCUUUCACUUUUUUUUAUUUUUUUAUUUUUUUAAGUUUUAUUUUAAUGGUUUGGGUUGAAUAAAUUGUGGAUUUGUCAUUUUCUCCGUUUUGGAAUUUUGUUUAUAUAGAGUAUUUUAUUUUUGUUAUA